UAAUUCUAUGGUUUAUGAAAAACGAGGUUUUCUUGUAUACAGUUGAUUUUUUACCGCUUUAAUGUUGUACAUUAUUAUAAAAAGUUAAAAUUAUUCCAUACAAAUAUUUUUAAUAGUUAAGGUGAAGUGAAACCUUUAUCUACUACACUCAAUUCCUCAGAACUUUUAAGUACAAAAUGUCUGGUCGAGAAGGAGGAAAGAAGAAGCCCUUGAAGGCACCAAAGAAAGAUUCGAAAGAUUUGGACGAACAAGAUGUAGCAUUUAAACAAAAGCAAAAGGAGCAACAAAAGGCUAUGCAAGAUGCUGCAAAGAAAGCUGCGCAAAAGGGACCUCUCGUCACUGGCGGGAUAAAAAAAUCAGGGAAAAAAUGAUGCAUGUAUUUCAGACUGAUAUAUUCAAUGAUCUCUUAAAGAAUUGAUAACACAACAAUUUUUUUAUCAUCUCUCCCCUGUUCGAUUCUUCUAUUGUUGUCUUUUGUAAAUAAAAUCUUCUUGAAAAUAAAAAGUAUUCAAAUCUUUGCAA